CGCGCGCGCGCGCAGCCAGAGAGAGCAGCCGCGCGCAGCCCAGGAUCGGCGCCUCCGGGGGCUCGAGGAGCUGAGCGACCAGCCUCCCGCCGCUGCUCUUCGUCAAGUGUGUGGCUGCAUCUGGUUGAUCUUGGCGGAACUUCAAAAGUUGGCAAGCUUAUUUUUGGAUAGUUUAGCCUGUACAAAGGUUGUCUGGGCCAUGGAAAAUUCCUCCAGUUCCUCUAGAAAUGAAGAUUGUGAUGAUCCUAAGUUACAAUGGAAUCGAGUGAUGACUGAAAAGGAAUGGCUAAAGUACUGGGAAACAGGCAAUAUUGGAUUUCAUAAAAAAGAAGAACAUCAACUCCUAAAGAAAUACCUGGAUAUUUUUGUCAACGGCAGGAAGGAACUGAGGAUAUUUUUUCCGCUUUGUGGGAAAGCUGUUGAAAUGAAAUGGUUAGCUGACAUGGGACACCAUGUGGUUGGUGUGGAAAUCAGUGAAAGUGCACUGAAGGACUUCUUCACAGAACAAAAUCUUUCAUUUUCAGAAGAAAUGGUUCCAGAAAUCCCUGGAGCUAAAUUAUUGAAGAGCACAUCUCUGAAUAUUUGUCUGUACUGUUGCAAUAUCUAUGAUUUGACCAGCACUGUGACUGGUCAUUUUGAUGGGAUUUGGGACAGAGGCUCUCUAGUAGCUGUUAAUCCUUCUGAGAGAGAACGCUAUGUCCAGUUGAUACUGUCACUAAUGAACAGAAUGUGUCGCUGUCUUCUCGUUACUUUGUUAUAUGAUGCAAGAAAACACAAAGGUCCACCAUUCUAUGUUUCUGAUUCAGAAGUGAAAAGUUUAUUUGGAAAAGACUGCGAUAUUCAGUGUCUUGAAAAAGUCCAUAGUUUAGAAGAGCGACAUAAGAAGUGGGGUUUAGAUUAUUUAUGGGAGGCUUUAUAUUUGAUUGUAUUGAAAGAGCCAAGAUGACCCCCUAGACUUUUAAACACUCUCAUAUAAUUAAUAAUUAAUUCUGCAACCCGUCUGGAGUCACCAUGUGUGAGUUGGGUGGCCAUAUAAAUUUGUUUAAUAAAUAUAAAUAAAUAAAUAAA